CGAGGCAGAGAGAAGAACAGCAUCCAAGUGUCCUUCACCCUGUCUAUCCAGGCAAAAUGAAAUUCAUUCUCUUCACCUUUGCUGCAGCCCAGAUCCUCUCCUGUUCUGGAAUUCCAUGUAGAAGUUCGACAUUUUCACAGAUUGGGAUUGUGAUUGAUGCUACAAUUGCAAAAGUGAAUGAAGAAUUCACGAUGAACAACCUCUUGGCUCUUGUGAAUUGUGAAGUGACAAGUGUUCAGGAUUUCGGAGAAGGUAUAUUCAAGGUCAACUUAACUGUUGAUGUCCAGGAGACUGUGUGCAACAGAAGCUCUGGAUUGGAUCCGGCAAAUUGUGCACUGAUACCUAUCCCGGAUGCUGUGAGUAUUCUAAUGUUAGCCAUUUGCUUCUCCAUUGUAAUUAAUCCUUUCACUGGAGGCUUUUGUCUGACAGUAAAAUGCACAAUGACCAAGCAUGGAACAUUUGAGAUUUAG